AUGUCUGCUUCUCCUUCUGGUUAUAUCAUUCUUCGCAAUGGGACCGUUCUGGUCCACGAGGGAGCCCAUGUCAAACCGCUGAGAGGACAUGAUAUCUUGAUCGAGGGGAAUACGAUCAAGAAGAUCGGUCAAGGUCUGGAGUUGCCCCCUGGUGGUCAGGAGGUGGAUUGUACCAGGAAGAUCAUCUCGCCUGGCUUUGUGGAUACGCAUCAUCAUGUGUGGCAGACGCAGCUGAAAGGCCGUCAUUGCGAUCAUACUCUAACGCAGUACUAUCCUACCGGAAACAUGCAACCCUUCAACUACAAGCCCGAGGAUGUCUUCUGGGGGCAGCUCGCAGGCUGUCUACAGAGCAUCGACGGGGGCGUGACCACCGUCGUCGAUCAUGCACAUAUGACCUAUUCUCCAGACCACGUGGAUGAGGGGCUUCGGGCCUCUGUGUCCUCCGGACUGCGCAUGUUCUUCUGCUACAGCGCGAUCCCACUGGUCAAGAGCUGGUCAUCAACCCUGGAAUAUGAGCCGGAAUUCCCCCCAUCCUGGUGGCUGACAACCCUUGAGCGAUUACUCAAGACCGAGCCCUUCGGCAGCGGUCGGGUCAACCUAGGUGUUGCUCUUGACUUCAUGUACGGUCAGGAGGUUGUCCUUGAUCUGUGGAAGAAGGCCAGGGAGUUGAACGUAAAGCUCUUGACGUCGCAUUACGUUCCGCGAUUUGAAACGGAAAGCACCGUGCAGCUCCUUUCCGAGCACAACCUCCUCAGUCCCACUACCGUCCUCUCCCAUGCCAACGACUUAUCCGAGACUGACGCCCACAGUCUCGUGAAGAACGACAUUUUCGUCGCCGCGACCCCCGAAACAGAGCUCCAGAUGGGCCACGGCUAUCCUGUCGCAUUCCACCCUGCUAUCAAAUCCCACACGUCCUUCGGCAUCGACUGCCACUCCAACAAUUCGGCCGACAUGCUCACCCAAAUGCGCCUGGCCUUGCAGCACUCGCGCGCGACCGGUAACCUCGCCACCCGCCAGAACGGCGAAAUGCCGCGCGUCGACAUUACCGUUGAAGAGGCGUUCAAUCUGGGUACGAUCCAGGGCGCCAAGGCUGUGAACAUGGCCGACCAGACCGGCAGUCUGGCCGAGGGGAAGAGGGCGGACAUCGUCGUCUUCGACGCGACUAGUCCGGGCAUGGUCUGUGCGGCCGAGGAGAACCCGGUGGGUGCGAUUCUCUUGCAUGCAGGAGUGCGCGAUAUCGAGAUGGUGAUUGUGGAUGGGCAGGUGAGGAAGGAGGGUGGACGGUUACGGCCAGUCGAGAUCCUGGAGAAAGUGGAUGCCGCGGAGGGUGUCGAGACUGGUUGGGAUGAGAUCGCCAAACAUCUUCUGGAGAGUCGCGAACGAAUCAUUCAGAGAUCUCAGGGACAGGAUUUCGCGGCCGCCAAGCUGGGACUUUAA